CGCGACGGCUUAGUCGCCUUCCGCGCGCUGCUCAACCUCACGCGCCUCGCCCAGGGCGACGACCGCACCGCCGCGCCCGCGCCGCUCGCCCUGCACCCCCUGCAGCAGGCCUUCGCGGCGUGGGCCGUCGGCGCGGCCGGCGCCGCCGCCGCCUUCGUCGCAGAGAAAAAGGAGAAGGAGGAGAAGAAGAAAGAGGAGGACAAAAAGAAGAAGACGAAGAAGAAGAAGAAGAAGAAGAAGAAGAAGAAAGAGAAAGAGAAAAAG